CGCAGAUCUCUCAUUCAACGGGCUCGCGCGCAGGUGGGGAACGAGUCUGUAUAAAAGAUAGAUGACCGCUCAAGGAACGGCACUCAACACACGCUGGUCACUCAAGUCACGAUGAAGUACAACGUGUAUCUGUUGUGCCUUUGCGCUGCGGUGGCGCUGGCCCACGAGGAUGCCUCGGCCGAGACCUCUGCCGACUACUACGACGAGCAGGCCAAGACCAAGCGCGGCGUCGACUUCAGUUCGUACGACUCGUCCGACCUGGGCUUCAGCUCUUACGGGUCAACCGGACUGGGCUACGGCGCCGCCUACGGCCACGGCCUCCCCAUCUCGCAAACGGUGACCGUGACCAAGCCGGUGGCCGUGCCGGUCAUCAAGCAGGUGCCCUACCCUGUUCCCCACGCCGUCCCGGUGGCCAUUCCGCAGCCGUACGCCGUUCCCGUACCACAGCCCUACCCUGUCGUCAAAACCGUGGGCAUCCCCGUCGAGAAGCCGUACGCCGUUCCAGUGGUCAAACACGUGCCCUACGCCGUGCCCAAGCCGUACGCCGUGCCGGUGCCCGUUUACAAGCACAUCCACCACUACCCCAAGAUCACCGUGACCAGGUACUCGCCCAAGUGGGCCUGGUAAAAGCAGGUGAAAGGACCCUUUCGAAGCACACACUCCUCUUAUUUCUCAUCACCAUCACAUCACACGCUCAGUGUAUAGUCACUUUUGUAAUAUGAAAUAAAUUUAUAUACCAAGUAUUUAAGUACAAAA